AUGUCUGCCAUUAUAUCUCACGAUGACAUAUAUAACAUUAUCCAACUGAUCGGCGAGGGUGUAUACGGAGAAGUGACUUGCUGUCGUAAAAAAAGCACUGGUCAGUUUGUUGCUAUCAAGACCCUUAAGCAAGGUGGUUGCCUUGCCUCAGAAAUAAGGAUAUUAAAACUGUUUCAAAAUGUGGAUACAAACAAAUUUCACAUUGUACAUUUUCUCGAAAGCUUCCAUAGCAAUGGAAGGUCCUACCUGGUAUUUGAACUUCUGGAGCAGAAUUUGAUGGAAUUCCAAAAAGCUAACAACUUUGCUCCACUCCGUGUCAAGCAUAUGAGGAUCAUUGCCAUUCAACUGCUGAGAGCUUUGGUGAAGUUGAAAGAGUUAUCUAUUAUUCACACAGAUAUCAAACCAGAUAAUAUCAUGUUGGUAGAGCACACACGGUUUCCGUUCAGGGUCAAAGUGAUUGACUUUGGUUCAGCCAGUAUACUUCAUGAGGUUCAACAUAUUAAUGACCCGUAUAUCCAAGCCAGACACUACAGAUGCCCCGAGAUCCUCUUAGGACUGCCUUUCAGUGAGAAGUUGGAUAUGUGGUCCCUUGGCUGUGUACUAGCUGAGCUUCGCCUUGGUCAACCUCUCUAUCCUGGUAAAAAUCAAUAUGAUCAGGUCCAAAUCAUUGUAAAAGCCCAGGGGCAACCGAAGGACUAUCUGCUCAACCAGGCAAGUAAAGCACACCUUUUCUUCAAAAGAAACGCGUGUCCUUAUUCAGGUCACCAGUGGCAACUUAAACCAUUGUCAGAAUAUGAGUCAAAGAUGUCAACAACAUCUUUGGAGCCAAGAAGACACACUGUGAAGUCACUUGAUCAGCUUGAGACAUUCAAUAUCAUUCAGAACGUGUUCCCAAACGAUGAUGAUAUCGCUGAGUUCCAUGAUCGCAAUGUUAUGGUGGCUCUUCUGAAGAGGAUGCUCAACUUUGAUCCCAAAAAUCGGAUUUCUGCAGGCACUGCCUUAAGACAUCCAUUCAUCACCAUGAAACAACUAAAAAAGGACUAUAACCAUACAAAGUAUUACCUGCACUCUGUCCAAGGUCUUGAUGCUGCUUUAAAUGAUGGCAGAGUUGAAAACAAAAAUCACAAUUAUCAGCCGCUCAAGGAAUGUGCAAAAACUAUGCACAUUGAGGAAAUAUUAGGACCAAAAAUUAUUUUGAGGAAUUUGCUGAUAAUUUAUUUUCCUAUUGAGGCUGAAACUUUUCGCCAACCGGAGAAACAAAACGCAGAAGCUCACCCACAAGAAGCAGCAGCAGGGCAAUCGCUCAGUUCCAAUGCAACAAGAAAUAAUUCUAUGAGCUCAAAAAUCUCCGUACAUCCCAAGAGUAUUCCCAUAAAGACAAUGAUUAAGAGGGAAAAUAUGGAAUUAACAUUAGCACCCUCAGAUGUAGUUCAGAAUUACAACUCAUGUGGUGAGAUAAAGCAUCAUCCACAAGCUGGAAUGCAUCAGUACAACAGGCGUAACCCUAUUUCAAGUGGUCAACACAGGACACAGCAAGGAUUUACUGAAAUUCUCAUUGCACCUGAGGGGGAAGAGCUAAACGGUGAAAAUGAUGACGAGACGUUAAAGAGAGGAAAUAGAAGGAUCAGAUCCAGAGCAGAACAUAUACGCAAGAGUGGAAUUAUCCAUUGCAAACAAAACAAUCCAUCAGUUCUGAGGGAUCAUAGCAUACUACAGGAAAUUGAAGAAGCUGACCUGGAAAAUAUUCACCUGAAUUUACUGGUCAAAAGGCAUAACCUGGGUUCUGUCGGGGAAAUGAGGGAAGAAAUAAGUUCUUCACAAGUUCAAGUCAGUGAGACUAAAGAUACAGAGGAAGAAGUGGCAACAGAUAAGAACAGUCGCACAACUUUCAAGCAAGCAAAGUUCCGAAAGAGAAACAAGAAGCUCCAAAAGAAAAAGAAAGUACGCUCAAUAGAAUGAUAGUGGUGGUGUGGGUGGAAAAAGGAAAGCUUAUUAUAGUACUGUUAAUUUUG